AUGUCUCAAGAAGGCGGUGUUCAGGUCUCAACGGGGCCAAGUUCCACUGGCACCGCCACCACAGAUCCAUCUAGAAUGAGCGUCUCCGACUCUUUAUCAAAGGUCAGCAAAGCUGGAUUCUCUUUUAUGGAAGCAAGGCAGGCUCAUCACGUUAUAGAAAGCGGUGUUGACUUCACCCCGGAUGAUAUAGUAGAUCCGGACUUUAUCACCAUGUUUGAUACAUUUACACAUGCCGCUUUCGAAGGUAAACCCAGAGGAAAGAGUGAGGUCGCCCUCAAAGGCAAAUCCAAAUCAACAGCCGACAUGGGAAUGAAAGUAUUCGCAACGACCAUCUCCCUUGACGACAUCCAUAUCGAUCACACACAAAACACAGAAGAAGGCGUCAUUCCUGACGACUUGGAUUUGGAAAUCGCACCAUCAGCCUUCUAUCUACCAAAGGAGUACCCAGUCAUGUCGUAUCCGCCGGACGUCUUAAUCGUUCUUAAGGAGACAGAAACACAGUUUAUGUUUGAACUGCCAUGUUUCACUUACGAAAAGGGAACUGCAGAAGCAACUGUGGUGGAAGAAGAGAACGAAUUUUAUCAAUACAUCACAGUUGGGAAGGGAAGAAAUAGAAAGAUGGUAGUUGAGGAGACACAGACGGAAGCGAAGGUGACUCAAACUCGUCAUACGCUUGCGACGAGGCCUCAAAAGAAAAAUGCUAUCGUUUUUGCGUCUAUGUGGGACAUGCACGAUACAUACGCGAGGUUGGCAAGAAUUAAGGCAGCUGAAGAGCCCGAUGAGAUGGUUUUAUAUCAGUCAGCUGCACCAAGCCUUCUUCGUAAAAGAGUGAAAGUGCUAGACACUAGCGAAAGAAGGGGAAAGACAUUUAAUGAAAUUGGAGCAAUGCCGGAAUUCUUCGACGCGGCUCUUCUAACGGAACGAGUUCUGUCAACACUCGAAUACUGCGAACAACAGAAAAAGUUCCGUGGCCUCGUAACAGUAGACCCUCUCUCGCUUGAUUUGGUUUACGUGUAUUCCUUGCAACCUCUCUGGACCCUCGAGUGUGAAGAGGCCGCUAACCGACCGAUAACGAGCAUUUCUUUCAACCCUAAGAACCAAAACAUUAUGGCAGUCGGCCAUGGAAAGUAUACUUACGCUGAUCACAUGUCUGGUAUAGUUUGUGUUUGGUGUACGAAAAAUCCAUGCAAACCGGAGCGGAUGUAUCAUUUCCAGGAUCCGCUCACUUCAGUGGCAUUUUCUGAUAAGAAUCCUAAUUGGUUGGGAUGCGGAUUUGCUAAUGGUGACGUGUUAAUCCUAGAUGUUACUUCAUACACAAUUAAAACAAUAGCUAAGAGUGAGAGAGACACUAAUCCUUGCUUCGAACCAAUUUGGGCGAUUUGCUGGCGGAGCAUAGAUAAGGAUAACCAAUACUUGAUGACGACGUGUCAAGACGGAAGAAUUAAUAGGUUUACAAGCACUAAGACGCAUGAUUUUAUAUGUACACCGAUGAUGCGAAUUUCCACUGUGGAGGGGCAAAUGAAGGAGUUGGAGACACCGAAACAAUGCUUGAAGGUUGACGUACCAGUAACGAGAUAUCCAGCAGCUCUGUGCAUGAAGUGGCAUCCAGUGAUUGACCACAUAUACCUUGUGGGGACAGAUGAAGGCUGCAUCCAUAAAUGUUCGACACAUUAUUUAAACCAACACAUGGAUGUGUUUCGAGCUCAUUCGGGGCCUGUCUACAGCAUGGAGUAUUCCCCAUUCAUGAAUACGCUUCUGGUGUCGUGUGGGGCAGAUAAUGCGAUACGUCUAUGGAUUGAGGGCAUGGACGAUGUAAUUAUGACGCUUAACUGCCCUAGCGCAGUAUUUGACAUCGCAUUCUGUCCAAUAAACUCGACGAUAUUAAUAUCGGCUAGCGGUAACGUAUUAUCGAUUUGGGAUCUCCGUCGCAAGACUCAUAUACCAUGUGCGGAAUACGCGUUUCAUCCCAGCGUAUUAUUGAUGUACAUUAAAUUUUCGCCCUCCGGAGACAACGUUUUCGUUGGAGAUACGUUAGGUCGCAUUCACACGUUCCACUUGGAAGAUACACCUAUACCCCCCUACUAUCAGAAGAAAUUAUUAGACGAGGCGGUAAAAAAGGCGUUAUGCACACGGCCUCAGUUACUAAAACAACUAGAUAAGUUAGAGAAAAUGAAACAGAAGCAAUCUGGGUGA